AUGCAUAUCAAUGUGGGCAUUUGCAAGCAGGAACUGAGUUUUUGUUCAAAUGUGUACCCGCAGCUGGAGCCGCGGUAUGGCGGCAACAUCGGCGUGUUACUGCUUAACAAGUACCUUCUUAGCUUAUUCGGCUUCAAGUACCCCGUGUUCUUGACGCUAUGCCACAUGCUGGCCUGCUCCGCGCUGAGCUACGUGGUGGCUGCGUCGGGGUUGGUGAAGGUGCAGGCCGUGAAGUGGACGCAGCAGCAGUUCCUGAAGGUGUCGCUGCUGGCGCUGAUUUUUUGCCUGACCGUGGUGCUGGGCAACGUGAGCCUCAAGUUCCUGCCCGUCAGCUUCACCCAGGCCAUCGGCGCCACCACCCCCGCCUUCACCGCCGUGCUGGCGCUGGUGGUGGCGCGGCAGCGCGAGACGGCGCUCGUGUACCUGACGCUGGUGCCGAUCGUGGUGGGCAUCAUCGUGGCCUCUCACGCCGAGCCGCUGUUUCACCUGUUUGGCUUCCUGGCGGCGGUGGCCGCCACCGGGGCGCGCGCGCUGAAGAGCGUGCUGCAGGGCAUGCUGCUGUCGGCGGACGACCACGCGCGCCGCAUCGACAGCCUGAGCCUGCUCAUGUACAUGGCGCCCGUGGCCGUGGUCGCCCUCAUCCCAGCCACCCUCUUCUUCGAGCCGGAGGCCGCCUCGGUGGCGCUGAAGCUGGGGCAGAACAGGGCCUUUUGGCUCCUGCUCAUCCUCAACAGCUCCAUGGCAUACCUCGCAAAUCUGUUCAACUUCCUCGUCACCAAGCACACGUCACCGCUCACAUUACAGGUCCUAGGGCAAGCAAAAGGAGUUGUGGCCUCCGUGAUCUCAGUGCUCUACUUCCACAACCCCGUUAACACGUCGACCGUGCUGGGCUACGCCAUCACCGUCAGCGGAGUUGUGGCGUACAGUCGAGCGAAAAAUGCGGCGAAGAAGCAGCAACUGCUGCGGCCGCUGGACGCUGAAAGAGCCGACAGCACCAUGGCGGUGUGA